AUGGUCGUUCGUCGCAAGGAAGUGCAGAAAAUGCUCAAAAAGGGAGAAACCGUUCUAUCAAUCUCCUUUCCCGCCUUGGGUUCACCCGAUUUCACAUCUCCAUCUAUGAAGCCAACUCCUCGUGAAGAAGGGCCUGGCCGCAGUAUUUUUUGGCCCGAGGAUGCGGUAUUUUGUGGGCAUCCUAGGUUCAAAAAUCUUGUGAAGAACAUCCGCGGUCGAAGAGGGGAGAAAAUUGCAAUCAACGUGCCAAUCUUUAGGGAUAAAAAUACUCCAAAUCCUUAUAUAGUGAGAAGAUCUCUCUGCACUUGGUGA